GAAAUAGCGGUCUCUAGGGAAAAGAAAUAAUUUCUGUGAAUUAAUUAGAAUUCAGAAUAAGUAGACACAAAGUGAAAGUGAAAUUGUGCAUAGUUUUAGUAGUGGACCGUGAAAACUUUCUAUAAAAAUGAAAUCAAAAUUUUUGGAUAACAUGAAAGCCAGGAUGGAUUCCUGUGGGACUAAGACGAUCAAAUAUUUGCUAUUUAUCUUCAAUCUUAUAUUUGCGGUAUCGGGAUUGAUCCUUUUAAUUGCCGGAAUAAUAGUACUCCUCGAUGUUAACGACUACCAACAUUUCAUCGAGGACAAGUUGAUGGCGCCUCCGAUCGUAUUGAUCGUAGUUGGAACUUUCGUCUUCCUCGUCGCUUCUCUUGGCUGCUACGGUGCCAUAAAGGAGUCUCCAAAACUUCUGAAUGCUUUCGCCGUUUUCGUGUUAAUAGUUCUACUCAUAGAAGUAGCCGUUGCAAUCGCAGCGGUGGCUUUCAAGUCAGAUCUACAGAACGCUCUACAGUCCCAAUUGGAGAAAUCCAUUACUAGACGCAACAAAGCUGACAUGGUAGCGUGGAAUAGUGUUCAUAAAAAGAUGAUGUGCUGCGGAAUUGAAGGACCCAAGGAUUGGUACGACAACAACAAUAAAACCAUGCCAGCCAGUUGCUGUAAACCUGAUCUGAUUGACCCUGAAACUAACGACUGCAAGAAUGCUCCUCCACUAUUUAUGGAUCGCUAUUAUCAGGAAGGAUGUUUGAUGAAACUAAAGGAGCACUUUGAUAAGAAUGCAGUUGUGUUAAUCGCAGUCGGGUUCGUCAUUGCAGCUUUCCAGUUGCUGGGCGUAGUAUUUGCAUGCUGGCUAUCAGCUGCGAUUAAGUGCGAUAAAAAUUAAGUUAAUGGUUAAUUCUCACACAUUUCAUCUUACGGAAAUAUUAUGAUGAUUUAAAGAAUCUUUAGCUUAACACCACUUCCAAUAGCCUCCACAACGCGUUAUACUCAAGGAAAAAGAUACGUUGUAUAAAGAAGAGAUGCCUUUUGUAAUUACUCAUAGCUGAUAAUGUACCGAUGCAUAAACAAUUAGAACGAAUCACAACAUUUCGUGUAUGCUGUAAAACAAUCUAGUGAUUUUCACAUUGAAUGCUCAAAUCAUAUGAAGUUAAGCUUUUUUUAUUUCGCUUCUUAGGAACAUUAUUCGCUUUUGUGAAAUAUGAUUAUGAAUCUUACCAAUAACAACAGAACUAUUUUAGCUUUCCGUUAUAGUAAACGAAGUAGUAUACAUAAAAUAUAAGAACAAAAAAUAGUUACCACUGGAUACAAUAAAAUAUUCGUUAUAAAAUGCAUGUUUAAACCGAUGAGAUUCAAUAAUUUUUGAUUAAUUGUUUGUUUGUUAGUCAUUAAAAAUAAAGAGAA